UUCAAUAAUUGAAAUCUCGUUAAAAAUUUGUCAAAACAAACGACGUAAGAAAUCCUUCCACUUUAAUCAGCUCUAUUAGAUUUUUCUGUCAAACACGACCUUUUGGUUUCCUUUUUAAUUUUCUUCUUAGGGAUUUCGAUUUUCGAUUCUUUUGAUGAAGAAGGAGAAGAUUUUGAUUAGAUUGUUAUUAUUAUGAUGUCCAAAAAACCCAGCAACUGCGCUAUUUGUGACAAUUCAAAUCGCGCUUCUAUCUGCUCCGUUUGCGUCAAUUACAGAUUAAAUGAAUAUAAUUCUUUUUUAAAAUCACUGGAAAGCCGUCGUGAUCUUUUAUAUUCAAAAUUAUCCGUAGUGCUUGCCGCAAAGGGGAAAACUGAUGAUCAACUGAAUUGGAAAAUUCGUCAAAACGAGAAGCUAACUAACUUGAAAGAGAAGCUUCGUCGCAGUAAAGAACAAUUAGCUCAAGGUAAGGCUAAAAUUGAGAGAGUGUCUCAUGACUUAAAGGUUAAGUAUGGAAUGCUUGAAUCUGUUCGUGGCACGUUGGAAAAGAAUCGUGUCGAACAGCUCGAGAAGUUCUAUCCCAACCUUAUUGUCACACUAAGCUCGGGGCAUAGGGCAAUUACCUCUGAUCGUCUUCAUAAGCAGUCCGUGGUUAUAAAACAGAUAUGCAAAUUGUUUCCCCAACGUCAUGUAAAUUUAGAGGGGGAGAGAAGAGAUGGAUCUAGUGGUCAGUAUGAUCUGAUUUGCAAUGCUCGCUUGCCAAGAGGCCUUGAUCCCCACUCUGUUCCAUCAGAGGAGCUUGCUGCAUCAUUGGGAUACAUGGUGCAACUUCUGAAUCUUGUUGUUCAUAACUUGGCUGCUCCUGCACUUCAUAACUCAGGUUUUGCGGGGUCUUGCUCACGAAUAUGGCAACGAGAUUCUUAUUGGAAUGCACGCCCUUCUUCUCGAAGCAAUGAAUAUCCGCUUUUUAUACCACGCCAAAAUUAUUGCUCGACUAGUGGGGAUAAUUCAUGGACAGAUAGAAGCUCUAGUAAUUUUGGUGUUGCUUCAAUGGAAUCUGAGAGAAGAUUCCGCCUGGAUUCAUCUGGAAGUAAUAGCUUUAAUUAUUCUCCUGCCUCUCCACACACUGUUGAAACACACAAGGACUUGCAGAAAGGGAUAUCUCUUCUGAAGAAAAGUGUGGCAUGCAUAACCGCUUACUGCUACAACUCACUCUGUUUAGAUGUUCCUGCUGAAGCAUCUACCUUUGAAGCAUUUUCGAAAUUAUUGGCUGCGCUAUCUUCAACCAAGGAAGUUCCAUCUGUUAUGUCAUUAAAAAUGGCUUGUUCAAGAAUAGAAAUUUUCUUCUUGACAAUCAAGUGUGAAGGAUAAGACUUUGAAAAUGACCUGUUUUGAGUCUCUUGUACCAUAGAGGGAGCUGAAUCGAACUGGCACUAUACAGAGUUUUAUCUAUAAGUUUAAAAUCCUAAUUUCUGGCUGGUGUUCAAUCUACUAUGCAAAAUGUUGGCAUGAUGAAGAUGAGAAGAAUUGUUGUUUAUUUUCUAUUUGCUGUUUUCUUUAUACAGGUGCACAUGUAUGAAUCUGUUUUGUAUUUCACAUCUAUUCAUUGUGCUUAGGGGUGUAAGCGAAUAGAGCUUUCGAUGAAUCAUUCAUGAACAUGUUCGGUUUCUGUUCGUUUAUGUUCGUUUAUUAAGCUUAACAAAUUAUUUUGAACACUAUUUGUGCAUUCGUUUAUUAAACGAAUCAAACACGAACAGCUGUCUGAUCGUUCAUUUAUGUUCACGAACAAGCUCGUUUACGGUUCAUUUAAAACUCGUUUGUUUAUUAUUCAUUUACUGUUUGUUUGCUAUUCAUUUAUUAUAAUACUAAUAAAAUUACAUUUUUAUCCUUUACCCUACUUCUAAUUUAAGAUUUGUUUAUGUUUAUUUGGGUUUGUUUAUGUUCGUUUAAGGUUUGUUUGUUUAAAUUUGUUUGAUUAUGGUUUGUUUAUUGUUCAUGAAUUGUUCAUUUAUAUAUGUUCGUGAAUAUAUUCGUGAACAUAUUCGUUUAAUGUUUACGAACGAGCUUGUUUAACUUAAUUGAAUGAACACAAACCGAACACGAACAACCUAUUAUUUAAACGAACGAACAUGAACGAACAGAGCAAAUUUCUUAACAAACACGAACCGAACACAAACAUCUUUAAAAACAAAUGAACAAAUACAAACAUACAUUCGUUCGUUCAUAUUCGGUUUAUUUACAAUCCUAGUUGUGCUUAUUUUUAUUAU